AAGUUCCCCUCGGCGGGGACCCGGCCGAGGGGACCCCCGCACUCCGAGCCCCCGUCGCAGCCCAUGAGGGCAGCGGGGAGCGCGGCGGAGGCUCCGCGGCUCCUCCGCGGCAGAUGCGCCGAGGCUCUGACGCCCAGCUCGCCCCGGCGGCGGGAGGGAGAUGCUCGCCCAGACCGCCACUUCUGCGUGAGGAAGCAUAAGGCAUCAUGGUGAGUAAGGAGCCCAGCAAAUGCUUACUCACCGCCUCAGACAGCGACGUCGAGCCAGCGGCUUCCCUGGCCUUGGAGAUGAAAUACGCGCUGGAUCCCAACCGGCAGAUCAAGAAACGGAACAAAGCCCUGCAGGUGAGGUUUAAGGAUAUCUGCGAGGCCCAGAACGAGCAGAGGGACAAGCAGCUGUCCACCUCCACCUCCAGCACGCAGGACCCCGACAAGAGGGACGCCAAGGCCAUCGCCUACAAGACGGCGUAUCGCAAGUACAUGACGGUGCCCGCCCGCAGGUCCAUCCCCAACGUCACCAAGAGCACAGGAGUCCAGACUUCCCCCGAUCUCAAGAAGUGUUACCAGACCUUCCCUCUGGACCGGAAAAAAGGGAAUAUUCUUAAAAGCGCCUCGACCGUGGACACCCUGCAGGGUGAGAACAACGGGUUUCUGCUUGACGUGAAGGACAGGGAGGGCCGGGGCUCGGCAGAGGCCGUUGCGUGGGGCAGGAAGGCGGGCAGCCUGCAGACGGCCGAGUUCAUCUCCCACAUCUCGGAGCGCGCCAACGCGGGCGCGCACGACGACGGCGCCGAGGCCUGGAAAAGCAGCGAUUUGCACAGUUCUCCCAAAGAGCCGCCUCCUCCUCCCCUCCCAAACUUGGCCGACCCCGCCGAGGACGAGCCCGCGCGGCCGCCCAGCCGGGGGAGAGCGGCGGCAGCGACGCGGCUGAGCGGCGAGGAGGCCGCCCAGCCCCUCCACCACGGGAGGGUCUUCAAGACCGAGGUGGCCACCGUUUACCUGCCGGCCUCGCAGCCCGACCUGCCCAACCUCGGCGACUGGUCGCCGUGCGCCGAGGAGGACAGGAGGAGGACGGUGCACCUGAACGGCGUGCAGCCCGCGGCGGGCGACGCCGGGGCGUGCGCGGCGCGGGCGCGGUGCCCGGCCAGCGAAUGUAACGACCGGCCCCUGCAGGUCGACGUCUCGCCCCUGCAGGAGGGCCGGCCCUGCCAGGCGGCCGUGGCCCUGAGCGAGGAAUGCCAACAAAUCGUGCCUCACACCGAAGUUGUGGACUUGAAAGCGCAGCUUCAGAUGAUGGAAAGCUUGAUCAGCUCCAGUCAGGAAACCAUAAAGGUGUUGUUGGGUGUUAUACAGGAGCUCGAGAAAGGAGAAGCUCACAGAGAAGGGCUUUCGUAUCGGACUGGUCAGGACACGGCGAACUGCGACACGUGCAGGAACAGUGCAUGUAUCAUCUACAGCGUGGAAUUGGAUUUUAAACAGCAAGAAGACAAACUCCAGCCAGUUUUGAGGAAACUUCAUCCCAUUGAGGAAACUCAGGUUGCACCUUUGCCUUAUUCUCAGGAGAGCUACUCCUCUACUCCCAAGCAAAAAUCCAAAACUGAAUCAAAAAAGCACGGAAGAUGGAAACUCUGGUUCCUUUAACCCAAGUGUGGAGUUCAAGGCCUUCUCUGAAAAAAAUCUUUGGAGUUCUCUCCAUCACCUCCGACGGGAUGCUGGUGGAUGGAGGAGGGUUCCUGGCCAACGGCAGCGUCCGGUUCUCCCCGUGUGUACCAAAAAAGGGCCUUUGUACCUUUGGACUCACCGGAGCGAGGGGGGGCAGGGAACACACCCUGCCCCCUUGGAUUUGCAGUUUGCCAAUGUGGGAUGUAAAACCUGAAUGGAAAUUCGGACAAGGAUGGAAAGCAAAACUCUUUC